AUGAAAUAAUAAAUGGAAUAAAAUAUAAUAUAAUCAACUACUGUUAAAACAAUUAAAGAACUUAAGAAAUAAUAAGAAUUUAGAACUUCAAUAGAUGGAGAUGAAUUAGAAUAAAAUGAAUCUACAUAAAGUGGAAAACGAACUCCAGAAGCUGAAACUAGCAAAACCUAAUAUACUAAAUUUAGACUGGCUCAUAAAGGAUCAAUCAAUCAAAUAUUACCUAAAUUAAGUAACUCCAAUUUAUAAGAAUUGACGAAAUCUUUAUAAAAAUAAUAGAGCGAAGAAUUACCAAAUAAAUAAUUUGGACAAAGAAAGAGAUUUAAUCGAUAUGCCACAUAAAAAGUAUAAUAGUAACCUUUAUAACUUACUGAAUAAAUAGAUCAAUAAACUGCUAUGAAUCUUAUUUUAAAUAAAUCCAAAACAUUAACAGACUAUUAUACAAAUAAUCAACUGACAUCA